CUUUUUCACCUCUCUCUUUUGCAGUUGGAACAUGGCAAAAACUACAACAACGAUAUGGAGGAACGUUUCCGUUUCAAAAUCUUCACCGAAAAUCGUCACAAAAUUGCCAAACACAAUCAAUUGUAUGCCAUGGGCAAGGUAACCUACAAGCUGGGCUUGAACAAAUAUGCCGAUAUGUUGCAUCAUGAAUUCAAAGAAACCAUGAAUGGCUACAAUCACACCAUGCGUCAGGCAUUGCGUGCACAAGGUUAUGUUGGCAUGACUUAUAUCCCACCGGCCCAUGUCACUGUACCCAAAACUGUUGAUUGGCGUCAAAAGGGUGCUGUCACCCCUGUCAAGGAUCAAGGUCAUUGCGGUUCAUGCUGGUCUUUUUCCGCAACUGGUGCCUUGGAGGGACAACAUUUCCGUAAAACCGGUGUCUUGGUCUCGUUGAGUGAACAAAAUUUGGUCGAUUGCUCAACGAAAUAUGGCAACAACGGCUGCAAUGGUGGCCUUAUGGAUAAUGCCUUCCGUUACAUUAAGGAUAAUGGUGGCAUUGACACCGAAAAGGCCUAUCCCUAUGAAGGUAUUGAUGAUUCCUGCCAUUUCGAUAAGAAUGCUGUUGGUGCCACCGAUACCGGUUUUGUUGACAUUCCCGAGGGUGAUGAAGAGAAAAUGAUGGCAGCUGUUGCCACAAUUGGCCCUGUCUCCGUGGCCAUUGAUGCCUCACACGAAUCAUUCCAAUUCUAUAGUGAGGGCGUUUACAAUGAACCCGCCUGUGAUUCGCAGCAAUUGGAUCAUGGUGUUUUGGUUGUCGGCUAUGGUACCGAUGAAAAUGGCCAAGAUUAUUGGUUGGUCAAGAACUCAUGGGGUACCACCUGGGGUGAUAAGGGUUUCAUUAAGAUGGCACGUAAUCAACAGAAUCAGUGUGGUAUUGCCACUGCCUCUAGUUAUCCUACUGUCUAAACGAA